CACGCGCCGCCUCCCCGGGGACGCCCUCCCGCGGCGCGACCGGGAGCCGCCCUCCGGCGCCCAGACCCCGGCCCUCCGCUCCCCGUCUCCCGCUUCCGGCUCCCAGACCCCGGCCCUCGGCGCCCGUCUCCCGCUUCCGGCUCCCAGACCCCGGCCCUCGGCGCCCGUCUCCCGCUUCCGGCUCCCAACCCCGGCCCUCCGCGCCCGGUCUCCCGCUUCCGGCGCCGCUGGGCCGGGGGUCCGCGCAGGCGGCUUUUCCGCUGCGGCCGCAGGCGCGCGCCCUCCGGCCGCCGGGAGCGCUGUGGGCCGCCAGGCCGGGUGCUGACGCCGUGGCGGCCGCCGCGCGUCCGAAGGGAGCCGCGGGGGCCCCGGCAGUCCCCGCCCGGGAGCGCGCCGCCGCCGCCGCCGCCGCCGCCAUGGCUACAAAAGACCCCACAGCUGUAGAGAGAGCAAACUUGUUAAACAUGGCUAAACUGAGUAUCAAAGGACUCAUUGAAUCUGCUCUCAGCUUCGGCCGCACUUUGGAUUCUGACUACCCCCCCUUGCAGCAGUUCUUUGUUGUUAUGGAACAUUGUCUGAAACACGGUCUUAAAGUAAGAAAAUCAUUUUUGAGUUAUAAUAAAACUAUCUGGGGUCCUUUGGAACUGGUGGAGAAGCUAUACCCAGAAGCAGAAGAAAUAGGGGCCAGUGUCCGGGAUUUACCUGGUCUUAAGACCCCCCUGGGUCGGGCACGAGCAUGGCUUCGUCUAGCCCUCAUGCAGAAAAAAAUGGCCGAUUACCUUCGUUGCUUAAUUAUUCAAAGGGAUCUCUUGAGUGAAUUCUAUGAAUAUCACGCACUGAUGAUGGAAGAAGAAGGAACAGUAAUUGUUGGGCUGCUGGUUGGCCUGAAUGUGAUAGAUGCUAAUCUGUGUGUGAAGGGAGAGGAUUUAGACUCACAAGUUGGAGUGAUUGAUUUUUCCAUGUAUUUAAAGAAUGAAGAUGAUAUUGGAAAUAAAGAAAGGAAUGUUCAAAUUGCUGCCAUAUUAGACCAGAAGAAUUAUGUUGAAGAAUUAAAUAGACAACUGAACAGCACAGUCAGCAGUCUCCAUUCAAGAGUUGAUUCAUUGGAAAAGUCAAAUACUAAGCUGAUUGAAGAGUUAGCAAUAGCAAAGAAUAAUAUCAUUAAACUUCAAGAAGAAAAUCAUCAAUUACGAAGUGAGAAUAAGUUGAUUUUAAUGAAAACACAGCAGCACUUAGAGGUUACCAAAGUGGAUGUGGAAACAGAGCUUCAAACAUACAAGCAUUCUCGGCAGGAGCUGGAUGAAAUGUACAAUGAAGCCAGAAAGCAGCUUCGAGACGAAUCGCAGUUGCGACAGGAUGUGGAGAAUGAGUUGGCUGUACAAGUUAGUAUGAAGCAUGAGAUCGAACUUGCCAUGAAAUUGUUGGAGAAAGAUAUCCAUGAGAAACAAGAUACUUUGAUAGGCCUUAGACAACAACUAGAGGAAGUUAAAGCAAUUAACAUAGAGAUGUACCAAAAGAUGCAGGGUUCCGAAGAUAGUUUGCAAGAAAAAAAUGAAAUAAUUGCCCGACUAGAAGAAAAAACCAAUAAAAUUACUGUAGCCAUGAGGCAGCUGGAACAAAGUGACAAUGAUUUGUUAACUCAAACUAGGACAAUUGCAAUGUCAUUGGUGAAAUGUGCCAGCAGUGACACUCAGGAUCAGUACAAGCUGGUCAAAGAUAUAUCUUUCUAAAAACCAACCACUGUAUUUAAAUAGACUAAAAGAGAAUCAACAAUUUUACAAUAUAUUAAAUAGAAAAGAAUUUAUGCUAUUAAGUCUUCUAAAAGGGUGUUAGGGACCUUGUACACUUCUUGAUCAGCUGCUGUGUUAAUACACUGCCAUAAAGCAGAGUGGAUGCACUUGGAUUUCCAAAACUCAUCCCUUAGACCCUGUGCACAGGGCUGAUUUUGAGUAUUAAUCUUUGGAGGUCAGGAUUUUAAAAUGCAGCUUUAUCUUUUUUGCUACUUUUUGAUGGAAAAUAUAAAAAAUUAGUUUAAAAUAAGUUAAUCAUUAGUUUCACAAUGUGUUGGCACAGAUUCACCACCCCCUCUCCCCCACCCCCACUAUUGGUCCCUUCCUUGCCUGAUGGCUCUUUUACUAAUUUUAAAAUAUGUUUAAAAUAGUUUGUAACCCAGAUUGGCCAUCAUCUUGUGCUUGAGCCCUCAAGUUUUUAGUUCCCUUUAGCACUCUUCUGUGAUGGCACAGCUUCAUGGCCUACCUCACACUGACUUACUUUUAGUUUCUGUAACAUGAAAACACUUGUGUCCCCCCCCCCCCCCCCAACCUUAAUAUUUUAAAUUUAGAGAUAACUUGAACGUUACUCUCUUUUCCUUAGAAGUAGCAUUCAUACUUCAUAAAUAUGUGAGGGUUGCCCCAUUGGUAUGGUUUUAAGGAAGAAAAGAAGAGGCAAUAUUUUUGGUUAGUUGAAUAGAAAUUUCUCUUAGGAUUCUUUAAAAGGAAUUAAUGUCUCUUGAAUACUUGAGAGAUGUUUUCUUAUAAAUAUAUUGAAGUUUCAUAUAAGAAAUCCUAGAUGGCCAUAGGAGUCAGGGAGUGGAACUAAGCACAGGGAGAAGCAAUGCCUUACAAAUAAAAACAGAAAAAAUGGAAAUCACAUUUUUAGCCAAUUUUUAAAAUGCAAUGAUGAGGAACAAAAAAUAAUCUCUAUAGAAUGUUGCCAAUUAGUACCAAAUUCUUUUAAAUCUUAAAACACAAACACACAUAUACAUACAGCUUUGGCAUAAAUUAGUAAGUGUGUAAUGAUCCUAUGGGGAGAACUAAACUAUUAUUUGAAGUAAUUGCAGGUCUUUGCUCUUGGCCUUGUUAGCACACUCGAUUCCUGGUAUAUACAUCCUAACAUAAUAUAUGACAAUGCGGUUUCUUCACCUAGUAUAGACAUAAGUACUGUGCUUUUCACACCUAUUCUACUUUGACAGUUGAUUCAUUAUGCUCUACAAAAGUGGUAAAGGCUGUAUUGCUUUGCACUGUUAAUUAUAAACAAGAAAUAAAACAAAUUUGAAGAUAGUA